GCUUUCUCCUCUCCAACCUGCUGGUCUCACCGGCAGCAAUGCGGAGGAAACCCAGUGUUGCGGCUCUAUCACCGGACUCUUGGCCGUGGAUCCACCGCAGUGAUUAAUGUCGCUUCUUGUUUCUCUCCGCUGUGAGCACCGUGGAGCUGCGGGGGAUGGUGUCGCCUCCUGAAGCCGGAUAAUCAGACGCAGAGGCCGGCGGCAGGACAGGCUAGCUGGCUGGAGUUAAAGCCAGGGCUGCUGGGAGAAUCUCGGCCUCCGUGCUGGAUUUUAUCGGAAUAUUUUUGGAUAUUUACGACGUGUUUGACCCGGUUCUUCAGGCCGAGGUGGUGGACUGAUCUGGCUUUGUGUUUGCUCGGUCCUGGAUGCCCCGGAGGCCCGGAGGAGCUCGGACUGCGCAGCCCGGAGCAGUGCUCGGACACCGGGGAAGUAGAGCAGGAGUUUGUCUGUCUGCCUGAUCGGACCCUGGUGGGCCAGCCCCUCCCAGCAUGAACCCUCUGAACCAGAUGAAGGCUGGACUGGCCAACAACCCACACAGUGAGGGUUCGUACCCCUACGACCCCUCCAGCUGGCAGCAGCCCACCAAUCAGCCCACAGGAUCCCUCUCCGUGGUAACCACCGUGUGGGGAGUGACCAAUCCCUCGGCCAGCCAGGGUCUGGGUGGUGGGGUGAUGGGUCCCGGAGCCAACCCAGGCGGGGGGCCCAUGAUGCAGGGCCCCGGAGGUCCAGGCAUGGCCGGAGGACCAGGAGGCUAUAUGGGCCAGCAGGGCUACGGAGAGCCCAGCAAAGGCUACAUGAACCAGGGCAUGUACGGCCGGACGAGUGGGGGAUACGCUGGAGGACCGGGAGGAUACACCGGGAGCUACCCGUCCAACCCCGGAGGCUCCAGAGGGUCAGCUGACUUCACUCAGGCUGCUGCCGCCGCCGCCGUCGCUGCUGCUGCUGCCACGGCAACCGCCACUGCAACUGCAACCGUCGCUGCCAUCCAGGAGAAACAAAACCAGGAAAUGAACUAUGGACAGAUGGGAGGUCCAGCCUAUAACAACCAGUUCAUGGCCCACUCGGGCCCCCGCGGCCCCCCUGGUAUGGCUCCUGGAGGCAUGGGUCCUGUUCCAGGACCUACACGAGGCCCUCCCUCAAUGGGCCACAUGUAUGGACCUGGAGGCGGCCCCCAGAGGGUCCCACAGCAUCCAAGCUACGGCCCUGGACCACAGCAGGGCCAUCUGAGGCCCCCACAGGGUCUCAAACGGCCCUACAGCUCUGAGUCAUUCCCUGGAAUGUCUCAGCAGUACGGCAUCCCAGUCGGUUCCAGUGUGAACGUGAUGUCAGGUCCUGGCAGUGCCGGCGGUUCAAUUCCAGGUUCGGGUGGAGGCGGUCAUGGCGGCCCCGGCCCGUACUCUGGCCCCAACAUGCAGUACCAUCCAGGUGCUGGAGGUCCAGGCCCCGCCCCACAACGCUCCGGAUCCUCCCCCUCCUAUCAGAGCCAUAAGAUGCCCCUCCCACAGUAUCCCCCCUCUGGACCCCCUAACUCGCAGUACUACAAGCAGGAACAGUUUAAUGGUCAGGGUGGAGGGUUAAACACUCUGACAGCAGGGGGCGCUGCUGGUGUCUACAACUCCUUUAACCAGCCAUCUGGGCCGGGUCGAGGGUUGCCAGGUUACCCCUCCUCGCCGGUUCCUGGAAACCCGACCCCCCCCCUCACCCCCAGCAGCUCCAUGGCCCCGCCCUACAUGUCGCCCGGCAACAGUGACGUCAAGCCGCCGCCCUCUUCCUUCCUGCCUGACAUCAAACCCAACAUGGCUGGCCUGCCCCCCCCUCCGCCUACAGGUAACCCUAGUGACGACCUGCGGCUGACCUUCCCGGUGCGUGACGGUGUGGUCCUAGAGCCCUUCAGAUUAGAGCACAACCUGGCUGUGAGCAACCACGUCUUCCAGCUGAGAGACUCUGUCUACAAAACACUCAUCAUGAGACCGGACCUGGAGCUCCAGUUUAAGUGUUACCACCACGAGGAUCGACAGAUGAACACUAACUGGCCCGCUUCUGUCCAGGUGAGUGUGAAUGCGACUCCUCUCACCAUCGAGCGAGGUGACAACAAAACUUCCCAUAAACCUUUGUACCUGAAGCAAGUCUGCCAACCGGGCAGGAACACCAUCCAGAUCACUGUGACGGCCUGCUGCUGUUCUCACCUGUUUGUCCUCCAGCUGGUUCAUCGUCCGUCGGUGCGCUCGGUGCUGCAGGGUCUGAUGAAGAAGCGGCUGCUGCCUGCAGAACACUGUGUCACCAAGAUAAAGAGGAACUUCAGCAGUGGUUCCAUCCCCGGGACCCCUGGGUUAAAUGGAGAGGACGGCGUGGAGCAGACCGCCAUCCGAGUCUCGUUAAAAUGUCCGAUCACUUUCCGCCGCAUCCAGCUGCCUGCCAGAGGUCAUGACUGCAGACACAUACAGUGUUUUGAUCUGGAGUCGUACCUGCAGCUCAACUGUGAGAGAGGAACAUGGAGAUGUCCUGUGUGCAAUAAAACGGCUCUGUUGGAGGGACUGGAGGUGGAUCAGUACAUGAUGGGGAUCCUCAUCUACGUUCAGAACUCAGAGUACGAGGAGAUCACCAUCGACCCGGUGUGCAGCUGGAAGCCGGUCCCUGUGAAGCCCGACAUCCAUGUGAAGGAGGAGUCUGACGGUCCGGUGUUGAAGCGCUGCCGGACCCUCAGCCCGAGUCACAUGGUCCUUCCCAGUGUCAUGGAGAUGAUUGCAUCACUAGGCCCCGCCCCUUCCUCUGCCGCCUCCUCCUCCCCGAUGCCCUACCCCUCCCUGCCUACAGGGGGCGGCAGCAACAGCGGCAACACGCCGGACUACCCCGGAGCAGCUCCGUCCUAUCCUGCUCAGUCUGGCGGCUUCUCGGACUUCACCGGCCCCGGGACUCCGGGGGUCGGGGGGGACUUCUCCUCUCCUGGGCCUCCCCCUCUCUCCUACCAGUCUGAGCUCUCCAGUGCCCUCCUCACCCCCGACAAACCCCCCCCUCACCCGCUGGCUGGACAGAUGUCAGUCUCAGGCCGGCUGGACUCCACUUCCCAUGGUGCUCCUCUCUCCCAGCAGCAAUCGCAGGGUCUCCACAGCAACCCCCAACUUGGGGGCAGCAACCAGAUGAUGCAGCGUAGCAACCAGAACCCCCGUCUCCAAGGCGACGGCUCCUUCGGUCUCGGGGGGUCCGCGGAGGUUCCAGAACCGACUCUGGAUCUGCUUCCUGAGCUGACCAACCCGGACGAGCUGCUGUCGUACCUCGGACCUCCAGACCUCCCGAACAACAACAACGACGACCUGCUGUCGCUGUUCGAGAACAACUGAACACACACAUGUACACACACGCACACACACACACACACAGCAGAAUAAGACUUUACUGUAACAUAUGAACUCUUCUCUGCUCGCCCACCAACAUGACGGGCGGGCCAACAUGGCCGCCGUCUGCACAGGACGGAGCAGACGAUUUAAAGAAAACAACUUUUAAAUAUGAAAGUCUUUGAUGUGACGAUGAACUCGAUGGUGACUUUAUUUUAUUGUUUUUUAUCCUCCAACUGUAUUUUGAUGCUUCAUCUUUCAUUCCCAAUCGAAAACCUUCAAACUCUUUCAAGAGACGACCACACACACACACACACACACACACACACACACACACACACACACAGCAGUAAAUGUGCAGUGUGUUUCUGCUCUGAAUGAGUUUUAAUGUGAUGCUAUAAAAAGAGGAAGUUGAGCUUUAAAGGAGCAGUUUGUCUGUUUUUACAGACCUGUUGUCUUUGUUUCUCAGACCAGAAGUUUACAUUCAGCCACAGCGUCAUGACGUUAAAACACAAAUCUGCAGCGAGUGAAUGGAAGGUGUUUGUUCUGUCACGUGACCAAACAGAAUCAUUUCAAACCGUCUGAUCGGUCCGUGUGAGAAGAUCAUCCCCUGCAGACACGUCAGUGUUUCAGGAUUGUUGAUGGUCAACAGCAGGAAACAGUCGUUUAUCUUUUAGUCUGUGAAAAAAUGUCCAUCCAGGUUUGUUAGACAUCAACGUGACGUCUUCAAAUGUUCAAACAGUCUAAAACCCAAAGAGGUGCUGAGGAAGCUGGAAACAGAAUUUAGACAUUUUUUACUAUUUUUGCUCGAUAAAUGAACUGACUUGUAGUUUGUUGUCUCCUCACUGCUGUGCACAAUAACCCACCAGAGACAGACGGCUCACACUGUUGGAAGGAAAAGUUUUGUAAUAUUUUGUGAGCAAACUGUUUUUAUUCUUCUCCUGGAGUUUCUGAGCCUCCAGCAGGAGCAACAGAGUCAGAGACAGCAGAGCACAUGAAGGGAAUCAUGAGCAGGAUCCUCUUUCAGCGCUCACAUGAGAACAUGUCCUGAAAACACCUGAUCCAGGUUCAGUUUGUUGGUGAGAAAUGAAGAAACAGAAACCUUAAAGGAGCAGUUCACCCACACUCAGUCCUCUCGUCCUCCAGUCUGCAGGAGAGAACAUCUGACAACUUGAUCUCAGACCAGAUUUAUUAGGAUGAAGUCUUCACUGGAGCGGCAGAUUUAACAGUAUUAGCAUGCCGCCAAUCUGAACUUUUUUGUGUGAACUGUUCCUUUAUCACGCUGCUGAUCACAUGUUCAGAGAGCUGAAUGUUCAUGUUGAGUCAAAUGGUAACAGCCUCAGUCUGAGCUCACAGCGUGUUGAUCAUUUGUCUGAUCGAUCGACGAUCUGACGUCUGAUCAGCUCGUGUGUCCGUCAGCGCGGCUGCUCUCUGACGUGUCAUCGACCAGUCAGCUGGUUUAAAGUACGCGUGGCUGAGUGUAAACGACAGUUUAUGAACUCGUCUGUUUUUUUUCUCAGAUUUGAGACACUUUGAUCUGAAAAAGUGUAAAUGGGGCCAAAACCUUUUUUGCAGCGGUGUCACUUUAAUCUCAGCUCUGGAACUUUGUACCAGGAGGGUCGUCGCUCUUUAACUCGCUCCCGCCGCUCUGAGAGCAGCGACGGAGCUCAGGGCAGCAACACGACAGCAGAAUCAGUCCUGAGUUGUUGAGAAAGUUGCUGCUAUUGCCUCAAACUGCUGCCCAGAGAUCAGUCUGCUGCUGCUGGUGGAGACAGAGGGUCCAUCUUCCUCCUCCUCCUCCUCCUCCUCCUCACUCUGUAUGUUGUAAAGUGACUAGAGUCCAGACAGUUGUGUCGUCUCCAUGUCCCAGUGAGUCCGCUGGAAGAAUCAAACUGUACAUGAUCACACUGUAUGAUUCAGUAAUGAUGCUAAUAACAGUAAUAAUAAUAACCUUUGUAAUUUAAUAAACACACUGGAAAGACA